AUGGAUAAGAUAUUUCGAUCAGCGAGCAAGGUGCUCGUCUGGUUAGGAUGUGAGCCUGCUAUGGUCGAAGCUGCGCGACAGGUGCGGUAUGGCGAUGGCGACACUAGUAAUGCUGUCGCGACAUUGUUGCAUCAUCCAUACUUCUCAAGGGUCUGGAUUGUUCAGGAAGUUGCGCUCGCACGUAAAAGGGUUAUUGUAUGUGGAGACGUGCAGCUCGAAUGGAGUGACUUGCUUGAUGCUGUAGCAAAGCACUUCGACGUCUUGGACCGCAUACCAGCAGUGGUCCAUGAAAAAGAACACUACAGAACGCUGGAGAUGUGUCUGUACAAGUACUGUUGGAACGACUGUCACGACCCGCGGGACAAGCUGUACGGUCUACUUGGUCUGACUGCUGAAAGGUGGCGCAUCAACGUCAACUACAACAAGUCAUUACUGGAGGUAUAUCUGGACGCUGUCUGCGCGAUCUGCGAAGAGCUGUUCGACAUCCUGGAUCCGGACUGUUUUUACGAUGGAUAUAUCGAGUCCCCCGUCAACCUCGAAAACUAUCGCACAACACUCCUUGCUUUGGGUGUAGCGAUGGGUUUUCCUAAGAAUCAGCUCAUGGGCCUGGGACCCUUCAUCGAAGCAAUCCAAGUAGUGUACCACAGCACGUAUUUACGAAACAUCUCGUUCAGUUUCACUGGGCUUCUCCACUCGAAGGAACGAGAGCAAGACUGUGCGUAUGAUGUAACACACCCGAAAGCAAAUAUUGCAGUCCGUUGGGGCUCAAUCAUAGCAACCCGGCGAAAUCCUUUCGUACGCGACGUUAUCCCUCGGAUGGGCUUACAAACAGCCUCAGCUUUAUCGCAGGACGAUGUACGCGGCGAAGAUGAUGAAGCAGGACCAGCCUGGGAUCGAUGGUGGUUCGAGCACAACGGUAGGACGCAAUACUUCAUCUGCCCACACACCGACGAGGUUGCGCUGUCCAGAUCGACAGAGUCUUGA